UGUCAGAAUACAGCAACAUGGCUGCGUGUAAUGUUGUUGAGCUGCUGGCGAAAGCUGAGGAAGAAGAGGCCGAGCGGCUCAAAAGCAUAUCAGUCAACAAAGAGCUUGAGCUGGAGUUUGACAUCGGAAACCUGCUCGCGUUUGACAAAAACCGUGUCGACGUACGGGACUUCAGAUCGCAGAAGAAGGAGGACUUUCUCCACGCUUUAGCCCGGGACAACACGCAGCUCCUCGUCAACGAGAUCUGGAAACUUCCCUCCGAGAGGAAAGAAGAGGCGAUUGUGGUGAAACUGCCGGAGCCGUCGACCCCUCUGCCUCGAGAAAAGCCGCCUCCGAAGCCCAAACCUCCGACUAAAUGGGAGCAGUUCGCCAAACUGAAGGGCAUCCAGAAGAAGAAGAAGACGAGCCUGGUCUGGGACGAGACUGCCAAGGAGUGGAAGCGGCGCUGGGGCUACAAGCGAGCUAAAGAUGACACCAAGGAGUGGCUGAUCGAAGUCCCCCAAACCGCAGACCCUAACGAGGACCAGUUCGCCAAGCGCGUGACAGCCAAGAAGGAGCGAGUGGCCAAGAAUGAACUGAACCGCCUCCGGAACAUCGCUCGGGCUCAGAAAGUCAAGGUUCCCGGGGUUGGACUGGCGACGUCCACGCACCAGUCUAAGGACGAGCUGGUCCGAGCUGCGUCUGUGGCCAGAACCUCCACCGCCUCGGCGGGCAGAUUCCAGGAAGGCCUGCCCAAGGAGAAGCCAGUCAAGAACCAGGGGAAGAAGAGGAAGUUCCAGCCUCUGAUUGGGGACUUUUCUGCGGAGAAGCAGAAGCAGCUGGACCUGCUGACGUUGAUGGGAAGUAAGAAGCCCAAGCUGGACAUCACCAAGGCUGUGAACAAGCAGAUGAGGGAGGAUGACAGAGAGGAGGCUGCAGCCAAGCACAGGAAGGGAGCGGGGAAGAAAGGAGGCAGGGGCGCUGUUGGGGGGAAGGGGAGGGGAAAAGGCAAGGGGAAGGGGGGAGCAGGUGGGCGAGCCAAAGGUGGCAAACCGGGCGGGGGAAAUAAAAGGUCCAGACCUGGGAAGAAGUGAUGGGCUACAGUGUUCGGCCCCCAAUCUCAUGGACAUGAAAAGACUAUCGACAUGAAACACAUGAUGUGAUACAGAUUUGCUAUUAAAAGCAUAUAAUUGUUGCCCCGUGUCUGCAUUCUCUGAGUUACACUUCUGAACA